CCCCCCAGGCUGGGGGUGCCGCUGGGAAGCCGUUGCAGCCGCUGCUCCAGCAGCCCCGCCGCUCGCAGCCUGCAGCCGGCGCGGAGCGGAGCGGAGCGGGGGACCGCCAGGUAGCCGUCCCGGCCCGCUGAAAGUCACCAUGCCCUCCACCUCUGCCUCGGGCUCGGCCGGCCGCCCCGCGCCCGACUACUGGAUCGACGGCUCUAACAGGGACACCCUGACCCACUACUUCGAUCUGGAGUCCGAGCUGGGACGUGGGGCUACAUCCAUUGUCUACAGAUGCAGGCAGAAAGGGACCCAGAAACAUUACGCCAUCAAAAAGUUGAAGAAGACAAUAGACAAGAAAAUUGUUCGUACGGAAAUUGGAGUUCUUCUUCGCCUCUCUCAUCCCAACAUUAUAAAACUGAAGGAGAUAUUUGAGACCCCUACAGAUAUCAGCCUUGUUCUGGAAUUGGUCACAGGUGGAGAACUGUUUGACAGGAUUGUGGAAAAGGGUUAUUACAGUGAACGAGAUGCUGCUGAUGCUGUUAAACAGAUCCUGGAGGCGGUUGCAUACCUGCAUGCAAAUGGGAUUGUGCAUCGUGAUUUGAAGCCAGAAAAUCUGCUCUAUGCAACACCAGCACCAGAUGCGCCACUGAAAAUAGGCAUCUCACUGUAUUGUCUGUGUGCAAUCCUCAGGAUAAACAAGUUACAUUUGUGUCAGCCAAGAAUACUCAUUUGUACAGACAGUUUUUUGCUUCUUUACUGCAGUCUGGCUGAUUUUGGGCUUUCCAAGAUUGUGGAAGAUCAGGUGACCAUGAAGACAGUUUGUGGAACUCCAGGGUACUGCGCACCAGAGAUACUACGAGGAUGUGCCUAUGGCCCUGAAGUGGACAUGUGGUCCCUAGGGAUCAUCACCUACAUUCUACUUUGCGGCUUUGAACCAUUUUAUGAUGAAAGGGGAGAUCAGUACAUAUAUAAGAGAACCCUGAACUGUGAAUAUGAUUUUGUGUCCCCCUGGUGGGAUGACGUGUCUCUGAAUGCCAAGGAUUUAGUUAAAAAGUUAAUUGUUUUAGAUCCCAAGAAACGCCUCACCACUCUACAGGCUUUGCAGCAUCCAUGGGUCACAGGAAAAGCAGCAAAUUUUGCACACAUGGACAACGCACAAAAGAAGCUUCAAGAAUUCAAUGCCCGACGUAAACUUAAGGCUGCAGUAAAAGCUGUUGUGGCAUCAACUCGUCUUGGCAGCGCCAGCAGUCACAGCACUCAUGACAGCAACAAGCCCAGCUGUAGUGCAUCUCCUAUCCGUGAUGGCAAGCCUGAAGAGAAAUCCACUCAGGAAGCAGAAGCAGCUCCAGAAGAAAUGUCUUAAGUCAAUGCACUCCCUUAUUACAGCUGAGAUCUGUCAUUUCAUACACCAGCUAACUUGUCAUUCAGCAGGACAGAUUCGUAAGCUUGACCUCUCUGGUUCUGCUUUGGGGUGCCAAAUGCACUGCUGGUGAUUCUACCUUCAAUGCAUGUGACUACUUAUGAAAAUAAUAAACUGUUCCAUAAGGCAUGUCAAGGAAACCGUGUUAUUUGCAGUAAUGCUGGCAGGCAAAAAUAUGGGGAUGAAUAACUACCUACCAUGAUGCGUAUAUUUCAUAUACAUCUAUAAAGUGUUUCUAGAUGUUGUUUGAAACAAAUGCUAUUUAAUUCAGUUUAUGGAAGUGUCUUCUUUAUGUCAUGAUUUUCUUUGAACUGCUUCCUUCCACAUUCAUAAUCCUAUAGUAGACAAAAUGGAAGGAAAUACCAACCAGUGCUUUUAAAAAAUGUUGUAUGAAAUAAUGCUUUUUACCUGUAAAAUUUAAAAAGUAUUUGGGGAUUUAUAUGCAAGAAACAUUCCACUGUUUCUGGGAAGAAACUGAAAUAUUAGUUCUACCGGGCAUGAAAAUGUAUGUUCCUCAAGCUUCUGUUGAGAAUGCCUUACUCUGAAUUUUCGUGUUUAUAUACAACGCUUUAAUGACAACCAAAAUUACUCAGCUUCCUGCUAUUUCAUUCUCUAGUAAAGCGUUAGCCAAACAAAAUGACAGAGAAAUGGGGGAUUAAAGUAGAUUUUUGGAAUACUGUUGCAUUUAUUUGUGACUUUCUAAACUGUGCAGCUAGAAAACAUUUUUAUAGGGCCUUUGAGAAUAAUCUGCAAUUAUACAAGUUUUAAAUGCUUGGAGGAAGCUAUUCCACAGUGUAGUGAUUUUGCUCUGGGGAACCACUCUGGGAGACAGUUAGUGUUAUCUGCCUGCUUCCUAGAUAAUUUAUCAUCACAAGUAACCAGUUUCCACUUGUCAGUGCCAUUAGUCCAAAUUUUCCUGAGAAAGGACCUCUCAUGCAAAAUGCUCCACAAGCACAGAUCAUUCAUCCACCUAGAGCUCCUGUGUCUGAAGCUACAAGCUGUGUGCAUGCGGCAGCUUGCAAAAUUAGUAUCAGUCUCUUCAGCUGUCUUGAUCAUUGUUUGAAUGUGAUCAGUAGAAAUUGAGAAACUACCAAGCAUCAGUAUUUAUGACUGUUUACGUUUCUUUGAUAUCACUUUGAUAGCAUGGGGAUUUCAUGUUACUGCUAUAUUACAGAAGUGGCAAAAAGAACCUGAUGUACAACACUGUCAUUUGUGUUUAUUAAACUUUCUGUCCUGACAGUGACCUACAUCCUUUAUACACUCAAGAUUCUUGUUUUGUUCAGUUUUUAUUUUAAGGUAGGCCUUGCACAACUUGCCUUCAAAAGGUAUACCAGCUGCAAAAGUCACUGAUAAAACAUUCAGUAGCUACGUUUCCUGAAGAAGUUAAAAUAAAAGGUAGUAGAACAUUACUCUUGGCAGAUGUGCUACAUAAAAUGUAAUCUAGAUUACUAUAAGAAGGAAUACUUUGCUUGCUCAGUAAAAUGAAUGCUAAUGAACGUAUUGUUCUGGAUAUGAUUUACCCAUUUCUUAAACCCAUUGACUUUGUGCUACGUGUGAUUGAAAUUUGAAGUACACGUGUCUGCCUCUUCUGGGUGAUACAUUUUGAGAUGAUCUGGCACUGCCAGCUGGAGGAGCAGGUGGGGCAGUGGGCUGCUAAAGCGGAGCUGAAGGUUCUGCCUGAGUUUAUUGUUCUGUUAGCAGGCCAACAAGACCCACUUACAGAUUUUCCCUUGGAAGAAAAUUCUUUAGGAAUAACCGCUUUGAAGAAGGUAAUAGGCACAUUCACUUGUCUUGCCUUUUACUAUCUUUCUCAUCUUCUGCAAAGGGGCACCAGAACUAGUGCAUUUCUCAGCCAAAGGUUUCCUCUCUCACAGUGAUGGAGGCAUCCGAGUUCGUUGAGAUUUUGGUAACAUUUCCUUCUCCAGUGGUGAUACUUGCUUCUGAUCUGAGGAAGUGGAACCGGUGGCACAGUCACAGCACAUAUAGUGGAAAUAUAUUCUUCUGAAACAUGGUGUGUCUGAGAUUAUAAGUAGUAUAGUCUUAGCUGAAUCUUAAAUCUGCUUGUUGUUAAAUUAUAGCGUAGCGCAUCAUAAGUAGGAACCAACACCAUGCAACUAGAGACUGCUCUGUGACAGCGUGAUGUUGGGUGCAGCUCAGCCUUGUGCAUAACGGCUCUGAGGCUUAAAAUGUUUUUGCUCAGUUGACUUUCAUUAUCUUCAGUGUAAAACAAUCAGAGUGUCUAUGCUGGAGGAAUUACCAGUAUCUGGCUCAGUAAAAUACUAUGCCUUUUUUGUCGGUACUGUGCAGAAGGAACAGCAGCACGAGGGUGUAUGCACUUACAUGAGGAGAGGAACAUUAUGCGCGUUGUUUUUGUCUAGAAAAUCACACCCCAUAAUUCAGACUUCGGAGUGGAGCACAACAUUUGUGUCUUACAGUGAAUAAAAAACAGGAACACACCCAGAAGAGACUGGAGGCAGGCCAGUUCCACAUUUGUAGUUAUAAACUAGGUAGAAAAUUACUGAUGUUCUUCUGUGUUGACACUUUAAGCUUUAGAUUUUUUAAACAUCCAGCAUAUCAUCUGAAUUCUUCUGGUACAAAAAAAAAAGAGGGAACAUAGCCAUCGCUCUGAAGUAUUUGAACUUAGCAAAACUUUUCCUCUAGAUGUGAAUUCUGUAGCAAAUUAAAGGCUAAAAUUUGAAAG